CCAUGAGCGCCGUGCUGGACGUGCUGUGGGAGGACAGAGAUGUCCGCUUCGACAUCUCCCCGCAACAAAUGAAAAUGAGACCUGGAGAGGUCCUUAUAGACUGCUUAGAGUCUGUUGAAGAUACCAAAGGAAACAAUGGAGACAGAGGUAGACUGCUUGUGACAAAUUUGCGGAUUAUAUGGCGUUCACUGUCACUGCCCAGAGUCAACCUCUCUGUUGGUUACAACUGCAUUAUAAAUAUAACUACAAGAACUGCCAACUCAAAAUUACGAGGGCAGACAGAAGCUCUGUAUAUAUUGACCAAGUGUAACAAUACACGGUUUGAGUUCAUAUUUACCAAUGUUGUCCCUGGGAGUCCCAGACUCUUCACUUCAGUUAUUGCUGUACACAGAGCUUAUGAAACUUCAAAAAUGUAUCGUGAUCUCAAGCUGAGAAGUGCAUUGAUUCAAAACAAGCAACUGAGAUUAUUACCACAAGAACAAAUAUAUGAUAAAAUCAAUGGAGUUUGGAAUUUAUCCAGUGACCAGGGAAAUUUGGGAACAUUUUUUAUUACUAAUGUGAGAAUAGUUUGGCAUGCAAGUAUGAAUGAUAGCUUUAAUGUCAGCAUACCAUACCUACAAAUUCGUUCAAUAAAAAUAAGAGACUCAAAGUUUGGCUUGGCACUUGUGAUAGAGAGUUCGCAGCAGAGUGGAGGAUAUGUACUUGGUUUUAAAAUAGACCCUGUGGAGAAACUACAGGAGGCAGUGAAAGAAAUUAAUUCACUUCACAGAGUUUAUUCAGCUAACCCUAUAUUUGGAGUGGAUUAUGAAAUGGAAGAAAAGCCUCAACCUCUUGAAGACCUAACAGUGGAGCAGGUUCAAGAUGAUGUAGAAAUAGAAUCUGAUGAACAUACAGAUGCUUUUGUGGCUUACUUUGCUGAUGAAAACAAGCAACAUGAUGGGGAGCCUGUUUUUUCAGAAGAACUAGGACUUGCAAUUGAGAAGCUAAAGGAUGGAUUCACACUUCAGGGACUCUGAGAAGUAAUGACCUGAUGUAGAGUGGCACGUGUUUGUUUCCUAAGCGAGGAAAGACCCUCAGUUCUUACUGGGCUUGUGAGAUCUGUAGAAGAUAAUUUAGAAAUAUCAGACUAGCAGAGAACGAAUAUGCCAAAGCUAAAAAGCAAGCAAAUAUUAGAUAGUAUGCCCUCAGGAUAUGUCAUAAAGGAAAGAUUAUUCAAAACCGUCAUAUGUGUAAAAGCUUUGUAUUUAAUACACUGUUUCUGUAAGUAGUGAGAGGACAAGCGAUAUCUAAUAUGGGAAGAGGCGGGGCCCCAGCUGCUGUUGGAAGCCCCGCCCGCAGUCAGGGCCCUGUUCCACAAGCUCCGGAAGUCCCACCCUUUGUCGGGUCACAUGGUAUGAGGACCCGAGAAGACCCUCCUGUUUCAGGCCGUAAGGAGCUGCAAGUCUCUCUCCACCACAUGAGUGGUGGCUGCCAUUUUAUUUCAGCCACCGUUAUGUGAAAUGUCAUAGCCCACGUUUUCAUAGUGCUUUGUGACUGGCUGACUCCGGGUUUUGACACACUUGUACCCCAGGGGUUUUCAGGAGCGUGACUGGCAGGACCAGCCACCCCAUCCUGCUUUGCCCAGAAGGUGGUCAGAGCAGGAAGCCCCCGCCCCUAACAACACAGGGUCUGCCAUAGUGUUUCAGCCACCAUUUAUGGCAGGUAGCCACCAUUUUUUUUGCCAUUUUACCUGGAAGAAUGUCAGAAAAGGCAGCCACCUCCUACCUGCAUGGAGACCACCAUUUGGGGUAGGGCAGUGUGUGGUGUAUAGUGUGAUGCUCAAUAUACACAGUGACGUACUUUCCCAUAAUGAUUAUAUCAAAAUCAAAUUUCCAUAACUUGCUUAAUGUUGUGCAACAUAGAAAUAUCAUCAUAUGUAGAACAUUUUGUAUCUAGGCAUGUUGGCUCUGUCGUUGCAGCGGUGCUGUGUUACCAAUAGCUUUAAUGAAAAGCAAUACUGUUCCAAAUACUAGUUUUGAUGUCUCAUAAUUUUGUUAAAUGUUCAGCACAUAUCAUUCCAGGUACUUAAUUGUAAUCCAGGUAUCCUUAUACAGAUUCCCCCCCCCCCUUUUCUUUUUCUAGAGAACUCUUUUAAAGGAAUGAUCUAGAAAAAAAGUGCACACAUAAAUAGCUUCUGUGUCUGAGUCAUUAGACCUUUAUGAUGUUAUGUGUUAGAGAGAAAUGAGUCAUUUAUUGUUUAAAGGAAGAUGCAGCUGUUAUGUUUUCUAGUGAGAUAAGACCUCUGCGCUAUUUUCUAUAAGUGGAAAAAGUCAAAUGAGCUCUCCUCCCAGCUGUUGUUUUAGCAGCUGACUGUUACAGUAAAGUAACUGUGGUGUGAAUAUAAUUGUCGUGUUUGUAGAAAAUCUCUCAAAGUAUGUAUUUUAAUGAAAUAUUACCUAUAUUAAAAAUCACUAUGAUUUCAAUAAAAUUUGAUAAUGUUA